AUGAACCCAAGUGUCUCCGUUUACUGUUUGUCUCUGCUUCUAUUUAUUAAUUUCACUGGAGCCAAAUCCGUUUUUGGUCUACAGAGUUUGAAGCAGCUAUUAGAAGAGAAGCUCAACGCGGUGCCGUAUUACUACUCUGAGGAGAUGGAGACAGAUGGAAACAAGUCGGAGAUCAGAGGAAGCGCUCCAGAGAAGCAUCCUCGGGAGUCCUCAAAGCCUUACACCUCGACACCUGCAGCUGAACAAAGUGUCCUGGCUGAUCUCUUUAAAGACCUCAUGAGGACCUCCAAACGUUCAUCGAGCCGCUACAAAAAGGGAGGACUAAGAAGCUGUUUUGGUGUGCGGUUAGAGAGGAUCGGCUCUUUCAGCGGACUGGGAUGCUAAAAAUGUGGAUCGCUCUGGGUUCAAGCAUCCGCAAAUCUGUAUGCCCAUAACUAUCACCGGAGCUACUCUACUGCUGUGACUGACUCUUUAAAGGGCAGUAAUCCAGCCUCUUCUCUCCAUGGAACGUAUUAUUGUAAAUGUAUUUUAUUUUUGUUAUUUUCUUGUUGG